AUGGACAUGAAUUUGUCAGCGCGUUGUGCUUUUGGUUCUUUUCUGUUGGCAUUUGUAGAUUUGAAAAUAGUCUCUGCUACAGACAAGCCUGGAGUGUGCCCUCGAUGGGGCAUAGGGAUAUGUGUAGAGUCAUGUUCCAAUGACAGUGACUGCCCCAAUGAUGAAAAAUGCUGCUUCAAUGGAUGUGGUCAUGUCUGCAUUGCACCUUACACAGACAAGCCUGGAGUGUGCCCUCGUAGACGAUGGGGCAUGGGGAUGUGUGCAGAGUUAUGUUCCAAUGACAGUGACUGCCCCAAUGAUGAAAAAUGCUGCCACAAUGGAUGUGGGCAUGUCUGCAUUGCACCUUACACAGACAAGCCUGGAGUGUGCCCUCGUAGACGAUGGGGCAUGGGGAUAUGUGCAGAGUUAUGUUCCAAUGACAGUGACUGCCCCAAUGAUGAAAAAUGCUGCCACAAUGGAUGUGGGCAUGACUGCUUUGCACCUACACAGUCAUCUAAGGUUAAUACAUAUUAUGGUCUCCUCUUCUAUGAAAUUGAUUUGGACUGCAUUUGCUGUAACAGUCUUGAAGUCAGCAUGGACAUGAAUUUGUCAGCGCGUUGUGCUUUGGUUCUUUUUCUGUUGGCAUUUGUAGAUUUGAAAAUAGUCUCUGCUACAGUUGGGUUCCCUGACAUCUGCUCAAAUUGUGUUACCAAAGACAAGCCUGGAGUGUGCCCUCGAUGGGGCAUAGGGAUAUGUGUAGAGUCAUGUUCCAAUGACAGUGACUGCCCCAAUGAUGAAAAAUGCUGCUUCAAUGGAUGUGGUCAUGUCUGCAUUGCACCUUACACAGACAAGCCUGGAGUGUGCCCUCGUAGACGAUGGGGCAUGGGGAUGUGUGCAGAGUUAUGUUCCAAUGACAGUGACUGCCCCAAUGAUGAAAAAUGCUGCCACAAUGGAUGUGGGCAUGUCUGCAUUGCACCUUACACAGACAAGCCUGGAGUGUGCCCUCGUAGACGAUGGGGCAUGGGGAUAUGUGCAGAGUUAUGUUCCAAUGACAGUGACUGCCCCAAUGAUGAAAAAUGCUGCCACAAUGGAUGUGGGCAUGACUGCUUUGCACCUACACAGGAACGAUGCACAACGUUUUUUCAUAAUGAACGCGGCCCAGGUCUCUCUUCGAUGACAUUUAUUUGGACUUUUUGCUCCAACAAGUAUAGUCUUGAAGUCAGCAUGGAAAUGAAUUCGUCAGCGCUUUGUGCUUUGGUUAUUGUCCUGUUAGCAUUUGAUUUGAAAAUAAUCUCUGCUGCAGAAACUGGAGGCAAUUCUACAGUGCCAAUCCUCCCAAAGGCAGGUCAGUGCCCGCGGCUUCUGAACGUGGUGCCAUCACACAAGGGAUGCUUUUGCGAUGAGGACUGUCCUGGAGAUGACAAAUGCUGCGUAUUUGACUGCGGCGCAGUGUGUGUCCCACCUGCCUUCACAAAGCCUGGAGUGUGCCCUCGCAGACGAUGGGGCUCAGGGAUGUGUGCCGAGUUCUGUUCCAAUGACAGUAACUGCCCCAAUGAUGAAAAAUGCUGCCACAAUGGAUGUGGGCAUGAGUGCAUUGCACCUUACACAGUGAAACCUGGUCGCUGUGCCCUGCCUAAGGGGACCCCCAUGUGUGCUGAGUACUGUUACCAUGACGGCCAGUGCCCCGAGGAACAGAAGUGUUGCCGGACAACUUGCGGCCACGCCUGCAGUGAGCCAUGCUCAUAGGACAGCAAGGUUUGGGUCUGGAGAGGAGUCACAACACUCAUAGACUCCUCACAUCAUUUCAAUAAAAAAAGAAGAGUUCUCUUUCUUCAAGAAGAGGAAUGCUUGUUGUUUUUUUGGGGGGGUUGGGUGUACUUGUUUGUAUUCCGAUCAAUAAAGCGAUCUGUGCAGCCUUUAUAUACAUUCCAGUACAUGUAUUACCUUGUUGGUGGAAAUUUAGUUUCCAGGGUGCCUUUUUAUGCCGGCGCUGAGCUACAACGACAAAUGAUGGAACACACCAAGAAUGGAAAUUGCUCAAGUAUGUACACGUCUGUCUGUCCACCAGAUUCAGUGCUUAUUCUUCUAUUUGGUCAGUGAUUUGUCUGGAGUGCUCAGGUUUCUAGUGUUACUACACCUCCCCCAACUCUGCACAAAGUUUCUGUGUUCCCUGCCAAUGUAUACCCACUUCCCUGUCUAAAUGGACUGAGUUUAGCAGAGCUAUUAAACCGGACAUGACCCUCAUUAGCCCUGUUUAUACCUGGUUCUAACAUGCAUCCUUUGUCCUGAUCCUGCCCACCGCCUGAGGUAGUCAGGCACGCUUUUGUAGACGGAUCUGGACAGUGAAACCAUUCAAAUCAUCAUUAUCCUGCCCUCUAUCAUUUACAGGCGACACAAUAGACUUGUGGCAUCAAUAUGUACAUUUAAAUAAACAUUGUUUUGAAAGAA